GCGCCAGAUUCUGUGCCUGCGGUUGCGCCUCUGGGCUUGCCGACAGACGCGCUUGCAGCCAUGCGAGUAGCACCGGCAGGCGCGCCGGCCGAACUACGAGCGGCCACAUCGAUGCCGACGCCAGCAGCUGCUCCAGAGACGCCGCCGACGCCGGCGGACGCGCUUGCAGCCAUGCGAGAGGCACCAGCAGACGCGCUUGCAGCCAUGCGAGUUGCCACGUCGUUGCGCACAUCAGCAGUUCCUCCAGAGGCGCCGCAAGGGCCCGUGCAAGAAGCUGUGCCAGGGGAUGCGCCGGUUGACGCGCUUGCAGCCAUGCGGGUGGCUGCGUCGAUGUCCAGGCCAGCAGCACCAGAGCCUGUGCCAGUGGCUCUGCAAGGGGGGGCCCCAGCGGACGCGCUUGCAGCCAUGCGAGAUGUCCCGCCGAUGCCCGCGACAGCAGCUGCUCCAGAGGCGCUGGAGCCUACGCCAGUGGCUGUGCACGGGGAGGCGCCAGAAUUUGUGCAAGCGGCUGUGCAAGGGUGUGCGCCUGCGGACGCGCUUGCAGCCGUGCGAGAGGCACCAGCAGACGCGUUUGCAGCCAUGCGAGUUGCCACGUCGUUGCGCACAUCAGCAGUUGCUCCAGAAGCGCCGCAAGGGCCCGUGCAAGAAGCUGUGCAAGGGGAUGCGCCAGUUGACGCGCUUGCAGCCAUGCGGGUGGCUGCGUCGAUGUCCAGGCCAGCAGCACCAGAGCCUGUGCCAGUGGCUCUGCAAGGGGGGGCCCCAGCGGACGCGCUUGCAGCCAUGCGAGAUGUCCCGCCGAUGCCCGCGACAGCAGCUGCUCCAGAGGCGCUGGAGCCUACGCCAGCGGCUGUGCACGGGGAGGCGCCAGAAUUUGUGCAAGCGGCUGUGCAAGGGAGUGCGCCUGCGGACGCGCUUGCAGCCGUGCGAGAAGCCGAGGCGAAGCUCGCGCCAGCAGCCUCUCCAGAGGCGCCAGCGUAUGCGCCUGCGGCUGCGCAAGCCAGUGCGCCGGUUGACGCGCUCGCAGCCAUGCGAGUGGCUGCGUCGAUGUCCUCGCCAGCAGCUGCACCAGAGACGCCAGAGCCAGUGCCAGUGGCUGCGCCCGGAGACGCAACGGCGGACCCGCCCGCAGAACCGCGAGUGGCCACGCCACCGCCUGCGUCCGCAGCUGUUCCAGCGCCAGAGCCUGUGCCUGCGUGUGGGCACGUGGGCGCACCCGCGGACGUGCCUGGCGCCACCCCGCCUUCCGAGGAGCUGGCCGCCGAGGAGCCGCCAGCUGCCGCGGCCGCCGAGGAGCCUGCCGCCGGGGGGCCGGCCGCCGAGGAGCCCGCCGCCGCAGAGCCGCCGGCCGAAGUCACCCGCCAGGCGCUGGAGCGGCUCGGCGCCAUCCAGUGUCUCGACUCCACCGUGCCCUUCUGUUGCGGUGUCGAGGAGGACGGCUGGAUGUCCGACGACGGCGCCUCGUCGUCCUCCUCGAGAGCGCCAGGCGCCUCCGAGCAGCUCGCUCCCGCCGUAAUGCACGAGGAGUCCGUGCCUUCUGUCUUGAGCGACGCGGACGAUCUCGACUGGCUGUCGCGCCUCCUGUACGGCCCCCGAGUAGCGCAGAAGACAGACCAGGACACCGUUCCGACUGGGCAAGGGGGCUCCGUCUUCAUGCCAGGCCCAUUCUCCGCCGCAGAGCCGAGCGACUCGAAGCGUGAGGACGACGAGGCAGCUGCUGCAGCUGCGGCAGCGGAGGAACCAGAGAUGGGCUUCCUGGAGUUGUUGCGGAACGCCGAUCUGUCGGGCUCGAUGCCCAUGUAUUCGUCCCUGAGCUGA